GACAGGUUUCGCAGUCUACACGGACGGACGGACGAGUGGGCACGGCGGCCGCCAUGUCAUUGACGCUGUCUGUCUUGGUAUGUAUGUACACCCACCACACAUGCACAGACAGAUAGACGCUGUGCUCUCCAUGCGUCCCUCUUCUGCCUUCCAUUAUUCCAUGCGAAAGACAGACUAACGACAAGAGCUACUACGUCGCAAUGAAUGACAAAAAAUCAAACACUCACUGACUGCAUCACCACCCCUGGCCCGCCACACGGGUUGACCAGGGCUGCAAACUGCGGUCCCUUAAGGUCACGCACGCACGCAUCGAUAUAUAUCAUGACUGGACGCGUGUGACUUUGACCCCAGCAGCCUUGACCCGUCUGCCUGACGGCAGCGUCAUGUACUCCCCAUCAUCUUCCUGCCGCUUUUCCGCACUCCUCCUGGCCUUAUCAGCCACUGGCUUCGCAUCAAGCUUGGCCGCCCUCGACGGCGGUGGUGCCCCCGGUGCACCCUCACCAAUGCGCUUCCCAUACCUGAACCAAACCCACACAGUGACGGGACAGAGCAAAUGAAUGACGGGUCUGUCGCCAUAUACUAGUUCGUUCUGUGCUGUGGAUGAGAGUGUAUGUGUGUCUGACCGUUCCUCCAUUUUGUCCAGGACUCUGUUUGCCACGGGGUGGUUGGCGUCGAGCUUGAGGACCGUUUGGAAGGUCUCCAGCGACGAGGGCAGGUCACCCUGCAACGCGUAUGCAUGACCUGAUGGAUGCAUGGAUGGAUGGAACAACAGACACAACACACCACAUCACAUCACCAUGGCCACACCAGCGGUCUUCCCGCAUAUAUCGGCGCGGUGCUCACCGAGGUUGCUGUGUGCCGUGAUGUAGUCGGGCACCAGUCGUAUGGCCUGUUUGUAGUAGUGGAUGGCCUCGUCAGUCUUCUUGAGCCUGAAGUAGGCCAGCCCCACCGCGUUGCUCAGCACCGCCCGGCCGAGCGUGUCGAGCGGGUUCCACAGCUCCUUUGCCAGAGUGAAGGUCAGCGCCGCCUCCUCAAACAUGCCGCGAGAGAGGAACGACCUGCCGAUGCCGUACAAGACCUCACCCGAACCCUUCUGCUGAUCCUGCGUAUGUAUCGGACACACACAAGCCAUCCAUCCAUCCAUCCUCAGUGGCAGCCCUCCUUGCUUCCUUCCCCGCUCAGUCACCUCCUCCUCUAUCUGUUUGUUGAGUGUCCUCAGCCGCUGCUCCAGCUGCACGUUGCCCAGCACGUUGCGCGUGCCCGGGAAGACAAACAGCGACACCAGCGCGAGAGCUCCCACGAGGUACAGCGGCGGGCCGACGUUCUUGAUCAAGUCCUGCACACCCGGAUCACGCCAGUCGAACGGGUUGAACACCGACAGCAGCUCAGACGACGAUGUCAGCGACUCCAGCACAUCGCCGUGGCUCUGCACUCUGGAUGGGGUGCUGGGCGGCGGCGUGACGGCCCUUGGGCUGAGAGGGGAGGGCUUGACAGGGGAGAUAAAGGCAUCCCCAGCCCCCAGUGAGGCGCAUGAGCACAGGAGGGCCGACAGGAGAGUGGAAGGGCGGCUGAUUCUGAAACGAUCAUGCUUCAUUGGGCAGAUCACAGACUGAACCAUCUCAGGGGCUGUGGAAAGGCUGCAGCGGGGAAAAAAGCGAACUCAAAGGAGCUCUUGAAAAG